AAGCCCUCUUUGAUCUGAGGAUGCCUUGAAUUAUUGCAUUCAUACGCUCAUUGUUUUAGAGCUUCCAGUACAGAAUCCAUACAUACAUACCUCAAUUAUGAGUAAAAAUGGCACAACUUGUUCCUUUCUUUAUUAUUCCUCUGCUAUAGUCAUAGCAGCAGUAUGCAUGGCAGUUAUUAAUACUAGUUUGUUAACCUCUGCAUCUGCAAAAUCAUCGUUGUCAAUGAUAGAGGCGAAAGCUCUACUCAAUAGCAACUGGUGGGGGAACUUUUCUUCAACAAAUCACUGCGAGCUGAUGGGCAUCACUUGCAAUUGGGCAGGAAGUGUCACUCACUUGCAAUUGGGCAGGAAGUGUCACUCAAUUGGGCAGGAAGUGUCAUUCAAUUCCUCUGCUAUGUCUCCCUAUUGUUCUUUUCUGUUUCACCCCCGAAAGCUUGAAAGCAUGAAUUGGACAUCCUUGCCAAAUCUUGAACAACUCAAUCUCCUCAGCUGUAACUUAACUGGAAGCAUCCCUGAAGAAAUUGGUACUCUGUCAAAGCUCACCGACCUUUAUCUCUCCCGCAACAAUCUUGAAGGUUUGAUCCCUUCAUCUAUUGGUCAAUUGACCAAUUUAACCCAUCUGGAUCUCUCAUCAAAUCGACUUAGUGGUCCAAUCCCUUCAUCUAUUGGUCAAUUGACCAAUUUGACCUAUUUGAAUCUCUUCUCAAAUCAGCUUAACGGUUCCAUCCCACCAGAAAUAGGAAAGCUAGAGAAUUUGGAUCAUAUUUGUAUUGCUGGGAACAUCCUUAGUGGUCCAAUCCCUUCAUCUAUUGGUCAAUUGACCAAUUUGCUCUCCCUGGAUCUCUCUUCAAAUCGACUUAACGGUUCCAUCCCUUCAGAAAUAGGAAAGCUGAAGAAUUUGAUUCAAAUGUUUAUUGGUGGGAACAUCCUUAGUGAUCCAAUCCCUUCAUCUAUUGGUCAAUUAACCAAUUUGAUCCACUUGGAUCUGUCCUCAAAUCGACUUAACAGUUCCAUCCCUCCAGAAAUAGGAAAGCUAGAGAAUUUGAUUACGAUGCAUUUAGGUGUUAACAGCCUUCAUGGCAUAAUUCCUGUAGAAAUAGGAGAUUUGACCCAAUUGAUUUACUUGAACCUCACGGAUAACCUCCUUAAAGGUAAGAUCCCAUCUUCUAUAGGUCAGUUGAAGAACUUGGAGGUUCUUGACAUGUCUGCAAAUCAGAUUAACAACAUACCCACUGAACUGGGGCAUUUAUCCAACCUUCGUAAUCUCAGUUUGUCAUGGAACCAACUUUUAGGCCAGAUAUCACCAAUCAAAAUUCUCUACCAACUUCAAUAUCUGGACCUCUCUCACAAUUUGCUUAGUGGACUUAUCCCAAAAGAGCUAGAACAAAUCAAAUUUUUGGAGAACAUGAAUUUGAGUGAUAAUUACUUGAAUGGAACAAUACCCACUGGACUCACAAAUUUGUUCUAUUUAAGGCACUUAGAUCUUUCCCACAAUAAUCUCUCUGGCGAAGUCCCUUCUAGUCUUUGCUACAUAGAAGAUCUUGACUUGUCAUACAAUCGUCUCAAAGGUCAAAUCCCACAACAUAGGUAUGAUUGUCCACCCCUAUAUGAAGCAAGAAAUUGCUCCAAGAAAAAAAUAGUAAAAUUUACUCUCAUCAUUUCUCUCCCUAUCAUAGUUUUCCUUGCCUUUCUUGCAUUUGCAUGUUUUCGUUGCCAUAAGGCCCAAAAAAACAAAAUCGAGGCAAGGGCAAUGAAAAAUGGGGAUAUUUGCUCGAUAUGGAAUUACGAUGGAAGAAUUGCAUACAAAGACAUCGUCAAAGCAACUGACGACUUUGACAUCAGGCACUGCAUUGGAACCGGUGGUUACGGUAGCGUCUACAGAGCUCAGUUGCCAUCUGGCAAAGUAAUUGCAUUGAAGAAACUCCAUCAUUUGGAAGCAGAGGAGCCAGCUUUUGACAAGAGUUUCAGAAAUGAGGUGCAAAUGUUAACUAAUGUAAGGCACCGAAACAUAAUAAAGCUUUAUGGGUUCUGUUUGCACAACAGAUGCAUGUUCCUGGUAUAUGAAUACAUGGAAAGGGGAAGUUUGUUUUGUUUCCUGAGAGCUGACGCUGAUGCUGUUGAAUUGGGAUGGACUCUGAGGGUAAACAUUGUUAAAGCAAUAGCAUAUGCUCUAUCCUACUUACAUCAUGAUUGCACCCCACCUAUUGUUCAUCGGGAUAUAUCAAGCAACAACAUUUUAUUGAACUCUAAAUUGGAGGCUUUUGUUUCCGACUUUGGCACUGCCAGAUUGCUACAUCUCGAUUCAUCGAAUCAAACUGUUAUUGCAGGCACUUACGGAUAUAUUGCUCCAGAAUUCGCUUACACCAUGGUUGUGACUGAAAAAUGUGAUGUUUAUAGCUUUGGGGUGGUGGCACUAGAAACAAUCAUGGGAAGGCAUCCGGGAGAACUACUCUCAUCAUUGGAAUCACCGUCUACUCGAAACAUAAUGCUAGCUGAUGUCUUAGACCUGCGCCUUCCGCUUCCAACUAAUCCAAUGGUUGUGGGAAACAUUGUUCUAGUUGCUAGAAUGGCAAUUGCAUGCUUGCACUCUAAGCCGAGAUCUCGUCCAACAAUGUUACGCGUAUCUCAAGAGUUUCAAUCCUACAGGAAGACUUUCGCUACACCUCUUUGUGCAAUUUCACUACUACAACUAUGGAAUGCAGAAAUGGAUUUUUAUCCAAUAAAUGAAUAAAGUCAAUGCUUGUGUUUACUGUCCAAAAAAAAAUAAAAAAUUCCAUGUUUAGAAAUG